GAAGCAUUAGAAAUAAAAAUGGAAGAGUAUGCGGAGAAGGUUUAUAACAUUGUAAAUGGGAAGUCGUUCAUGAAUGUUCUUUAUUUGACAUCCUUUAUGGUUGUUUUUGCAACCAUCUUAUAUAGAAUGUUUGGUGCGCUUGAUAUCACCGCGUUCUUCCUCUACUUCUUGAUAAACUGGUACCUGACCACUACCACCCUGAUCUUCUACCUCCUCCUCUCCUCAGAAAUUAAAAUCUGAAUAGAACUCGACACUGGCCCCUGCCUCAUCCUGAUCGCAAUGUUUCUACUCCCCUUCUCCUUAUGCUUCGGGUUCUUCUGGCUGGCAAUCUUCGUACUGCUCAGAGGAAGCAAGGAGGAAAUACAGCAGGAGAACAAUGAUCCGGAAAGAGUUUUGAUAAUACAGGUUCAGUUUGUACUGUGAAGCGUGAUGUAUUGGGGACUGUUUUUGGUCACGCCGAUUGGGUUUGAUAGAGAGAAGGAUAAAGGGUUUUGGAUAGCAAUGGCUCUGAUGAUGUAUUUUGGACUGUAUUGAUAUUCAGUGUAUGUACAGACGAGGGUGUAUUUAUAUGAAAUUGAAUGGAUGCCCUAUUUGCAUCCGCUUACUUGGCUAUUUUUGAUCGGAAUUGUUAUAUGGCUUCCAUUCUUCCUUGUAAUCUCCUACCUUCUGAAGAUUUGUAGAACUAAUGAACACCUUGAAAGGGAUGAGCCAAGAGAGCUUGACCAAAGAAGGAUUUGGACAGACCAAAGAACAAAUAGGAAAGAUCAAACUGAGGCCAAUGGAAGGUCGAGAAAGAAAGUUUAUGAAGACUCUGAGUGCAUAAUCUGCCUUGAAAAUUUUCAAGAGUCAGACCGUAAAAAGACUACCAAAUGCAAGCAUGUAUUCCAUUCCAGAUGCCUUACCAAUUGGCUAAAAAACAGAAAAACAUGCCCACUCUGCAGAAGAAGUAUCUAACCCCCUAAUUCCCCAAUAAUCCCAUUCCUUGACCUCCCUCUCACCCCAUUGCUCUUUCCACUUCCUUUCCACAAUCUCUUCCCAAUCCUUGCUCUCCACAGCCAAUUCCCCUACUAAUAUCC